GCUGCGACCCACGUGUGCGAAACUGGCGGAACCGCUGCUGGUACACGGUAAAAAAAGCAGCAUGCCGACGGACCGCCUCCUCCUCGCACAAGGCGGCAGCCACCCCGCCCUGCUGGCCACCAUCCGCAACGCGUGUAGGGACGACUGGAAGCUGUGCAUCCUCGUCAACGUCGACGCCGCGCCGCUCGAGGAGAAGCUGUUGGCUGCAGGCGUGCCCCGCUACCGCCUGCCGCGGUCGCUGACCUACGAGGCCAAGGCGAGCAUCCGCGCGUCCUUCUACAAGGGCGUCGUCCAGGCGAACUCCUGGGUCCUCGCCGCCGACGCUUUAUCUGGUGUUCUUAGGUGUGAAAAGAUCGCGACGCUCGUGAUCGGCGGCUGCGAGAAGCUGGACGCUGCGGCCUUGUUGUUUUUAAGGCUCUUCCGCGAGCGGCGCCGGCCACAUGCGCGCGUCGUCGCCUUCUCGCGGCGGUGCUGUGCUUUACAUCGCGAGCCGACCCGACUGGACGGUCUCCAUCUGGUCAAUUAUGAGAUCGAGGUCGAAGGCGACGCCGCCGCCGCCGUCGUCACGCGGACGGCGUCGUCCUCACUCGCACAGAAGCGCCAGGAGGCGGCCCUGCGGCGCCUCGCGAGCGCGUGCGCGUCGUCACUCCGGCGCGCCGUGCCCGCGGCGCCGCGCGACGUCUGGAGCGCCGAGUUCGCCGCCGACGUCAAAGCAAAGGUGCCCCCCGCGCGGCGGCACACCUUCAACGACCGCCCCGUGCGGGACCUCGGAAUGAUCCGCCGCUUAGCAAUCGAGACGUGCGCGGCCGACGCGUCGGCGGCGCUCGAGGCCCUCGAGGUUUUUGCGAGAAGGAACGCGGCGUCGCGGGACCCUAGAGCGUGGGUCGCGUCGCGGGACUUCGAUGCUUGCGUGGACGCGUGUCGCGAACGGGCCACACCUCGACACGUCGAGGCGCCGCCGAAGUGGGCGCUCCUCAAGGAGGCCCUGGCCGAGGCGACGAGCGUCGCGAUUUUGGUAGCUACAAGGGACCAGGCGCGGUCGGUCGCGUCGUUUCUCAAGGUCGGGGCGGACGCCGCGUGCCUGCGAUUGAGACGGCGUCUCGUGGCGCGCGCUCUACCGCACCUACCUUCAAAGGCGUCGCGCGACACGCCCUACCAGCGCCUCGUGCGGGCCGAGCUCGAUGACGCACUCGAGGAACGAGAUGAUGAUGGCGACCAGGCGCUCGCCGACGCGCUGGCGUUGUCGCUGGAGGAGGCCGAGGAUGAUGCGAUAAAAGCAGCCAUCGCGGCAUCACUUGCUCGACGACGGUCGUCGAUGCUCGGGCCGCCUCCUUCGAAGCCGAUCGACCCCGAGGAGACGUGCCUCUCGCAGGGGCCGCCGCCCGAGGACAAGGCCCUCCGGCGGGCGCUGACCUUGUCCGCGCUGGACGUCGACGACGGCGGCCUGCAGCGGGCACUGGCGCUGUCCGCAGCCGAGGCGCGCACCGAAGUUGUGGAUUUGACGCUGUCGCAAGGUAGUGAGGACCCGGGCCUCUCGCGGACGGCCGACGACAGCCAGGUGGAGGCCACGCAGCUCGAGGAGACGCAGCUUGUCGCGCCGCGGCGGUCCGUCGUCGACGUGACGGCGUCGCCGCCCGCGCCGGCGAUCGAGGAGACGCAGCUCCUACCGCCGCCGCCGCGGCGGUCCGUCGUCGACGUUUCCUCGUCGCCGCCCGACGAGACGGCGGUCGAGGAGACGCAGCUCGUCGCGCCGGCGCCGCGGCGGUCCGUUGUUGAUGUCUCGGCGACGCCGGACGACGAGGCAGGCGCGGCCCGGCGGUCUGUCGUCGACGUGACGGCGUCGCCCGCAGCUGAGCGCCCGCCCGCCGUCUACAUUCUCACGGCAGAGCAGCUCGCGCGCACGCCGCUCGACGCGCUCCGGCCGCGCAAAGUUAUUGUCUAUGACGCCCACGCUCCUUCACUAUUGCGGCACGCGCGGCGCUACGCAUCCACCCGAGACGUAGUCCUGGAACGCCUCGUCGUCGCGGGGUCGUUGGAAGAGACGCUCGCGGCCCAAACGGAGGCGCGCGAGGCUCUGGCACUACAAGAACUGCGGUCUCUGCCCAAGCUCGCGUCGUCCGUACGACCACCUUCACCAGAUGCGCCGUUGAUUGUGGUAGACGCGCGGGAACUCCGCUCGGAAGUCCCGCGCGCCUUAUACGAUCGGGGCCUGCGACUGGCCGUCGCCACGCUUACCGUGGCCGACUUCGUCUUAUCGUCAUCCCUGGCGGUGGAGCGCAAGAACGUGGACACGAACGACCUCCACUCUUCCUUAGAAUCUGGUAGGUUGUGGACGCAAUUACGAGCUUUGGGCGCGGCGUAUUCGACGCCUACUUUAUUGGUGGAGUUCCGCGACCGCUCGCACCGCCUCGACGCGCCGACGACCUACCUGUCGCUCAAGCAUACGCAGGAUCGGCUCACCAAAGCUAUCCUGGAGUUCCCUCGCACCAAGUUACUGUGGGCCCCCACGCCAAACGCGACGGCGGCGCUCUUCGCGGCCCUCGCCGACGGAGAACCGGACGUCGAGGCGGCCCAGAAGCAUAGAGAUGAUGGCGACGCGGCGUUUCGGUUUUUGGAGAAACUUCCGGGCCUGGAGCCGCCACGGCCCGACCUCCAGGGGCAUUCCCUAGCGCAGCUCGCGUCUCUCGAUACAGAUGCUUUGACGCGGAUCCUGGGAAGCGACCGCGCGCGGCGCUUCGCCGCAUUCUGCACGCGACCGAUGGAGCCCGUGCCCCUUUCCGAGAUUGAGAAGAACCAACCGAAGAGAAAACGGGGCCGGAGCCCGCCGCGGCCGCGGAAGCGAUGA